CCAACUGUGUUGUGGGGUAAAGCCCACUCACAAGGUAACUCAGGCCUGCAGGACACUGAAGCAGGUGGCUGAGGAGGAUGGUGGCUCUGGACCUCCUCCUCCCCUUCAUCCUCCUCCUACUCCAUGUGGGUACUCCCGCCCACGGAGAGUAUGGCGUGGUCCAUGUGGUAUCAGAAAGGAAGGGUAGCAAAGACUACUGUGCCCUCUUCAGUUCUGAGUAUGUCACCUUGCCCCGGGACCUCCACCAUGCCCCCCUGCUGCCCCUGCAUGACGGCACCAAAGCACCCUGGUGCCCCAGUGAGAACACCCACCAGUCAUACCCCCCAGGCUCUAGCCCUGAGAAACCAUUGAGCAAAACCACCGCCAUGGUCCUGCGGGGGAACUGCAGCUUCUAUGCCAAGGGCCGCCUGGCCCAGGGCCAGGGCGCCCACGGGAUUCUCAUCGUCAGCCGUUCGGGGGGCUUCCAGUGUUCAGACACCACCCCGGUUCCAGCGACCUAUCAGAGCCACGGGCCGCUCCCUGACCUGACCAUCCCGGUGGCCGUGCUCCGCUACGAUGACAUGUUGGACAUCUUGGACAGGGCUCGGGGCGGCGCCGCCGUCCGGGUGGCCAUGUACGUGCCUCCGGAGCCCGUCCUUGACUACAACAUGGUGAUCAUUUUCAUCCUGGCCGUGGGCACGGUGGCCCUGGGCGGCUACUGGGCCGGGCUGAGCGAGGCCGAGCGGCUGCAGCGGCGCCGGGAGCGCCGGGGCGGAGGAAUGAGCGUGAGCGAGGAAGCCGAGGGCGUGGUGGAGGAGGACGACGAGGAGGAAGAGCCGGUGGACUUCACGCCGGCCAUGACGGGGGCCGUGGUCCUGAUGUCCUGUUCCAUCAUGCUGCUGCUCUACUUCUUCUACGACUGCUUUGUCUACAUUAUGAUCGGCAUCUUCGGGCUGGGCGCCGGCACGGGCCUCUACAGCUGCCUGGCUCCCCUGGCUCGCCGCCUGCCCCUGGGGCGCUGCCAGCUCAUCCUGCCGGGGCUGCAGACCUACCUGCAGCUGUCCCUGAUCCUGCUCGCCGGCGUGUGCACCUCCAUCACGGCCGUCUGGGUGAUCUUCCGGAAUGAGGAGCACUGGGCCUGGCUUCUCCAGGACACGCUCGGGGUGGCCUACUGCCUGUUCGUGCUCCGCCGGGUGAGGCUGCCCACGCUGCGCAGCUGCGCCUCCUUCCUGCUGGCCCUGCUGGCCUUCGACGUGUUCUUCGUCUUCAUCACCCCGUUCCUCACGAGGACCGGCGAGAGCAUCAUGGUGGAGGUGGCCUCGGGCCCCUCGGACUCCACCAGCCACGAGAAGCUGCCCAUGGUGCUGAAGGUGCCCCGCCUCAGCUUUUCGCCCCUGACGCUGUGUGACCGGCCCUUCUCCAUCCUCGGCUUCGGGGACAUCGUGGUGCCCGGCUUCCUGGUGGCCUACUGCCACCGCUUUGACAUCCAGGUACACUCCUCCCGAGUCUAUUACAUGGCCUGCACCGUGGCCUACGCCGUAGGCCUGCUGGUCACUUUCUGCGCCAUGAUCCUCAUGCAGAUGGGCCAGCCUGCCUUGCUCUACUUAGUGUCUUGCACGCUCAUCACCAGCCUAGUUGUUGCUCUCUGUCGCCAGGAGCUCUCCCUCUUUUGGACCGGGCAGGGCUUCGUUAAGCCACCUCCUCACACCAUCAUACGGCUACCUCCCUCCCCAAGCAGCAGGGUAAGAGCGGAAGAGCCAUCGCCAUUGUCGGACCAGAAGCUAGAAGAAGAAACGGAAGUCCCGCCCAUUGUGGGGAGCAAGGGGCCCACUGGGGAGGGGCCCAACCCCCCAGAAAGCAACCUCAAUGGGCACUCGGAAGAGACCAUCCUGCCGGCUGAGGAUGAAAGCACCAGCCCUUGCUGCCUCAGUGACAGCUCAGAAGGCUGGAGCGACGCCAACCUGGACCCAGAAGAGCUCCCCACCUCUCCCAUUGAAACUGAUGAAGAGCCAGGAACUCUGAGCACCCCCAACAUGCCCCUGAACAAUGCCCCUGAAGGCUCUGCUGCCUGGACAGGGCUCCACAAAAGGAAGGGCUUAAAGGUGAAGAAGAGCCUGUCAGCUCAGGCCUCGCUCUAAACUGGGAACCAGCCAGCCCCUCGGCCAUCCUCCCAGGCUCCCACUCAUCCUUGCCCUUGGAGGGGGUAUGAAGGAAGAUCACAGAGCAAAAUCAUUCAUGGCAACAGGAAAAAGAGGCAUUAAAAAGGUUCAUUACCCACCUGGCAAGAAA